GCUUUUCUUCCUUGACAUCUUCCAUCUUCCCGGGGCUUCAGUUUCAACACGUCAAGGGAAAUAACUGGAAUUGUCGCAAAAGAGAAAAAGGUCAGCAACCAAGUUAAUAGUAGUUCCAUCAACAAGCGAAGCGCGGGCACCCCCUCCACACAUAAGACAAAUAAGAUCACUCAGCUUGACUUGGCCCAAAGAUAGUUUUUCUACCCCAAUGGGCACCAAAAAUCAUUCUAUCAAAGAAGUGGAUCAAAUACUCACAGCACCUGGAAGUCUUCUCGAGAUUGAAACUCGCGUAGUUGAUGGCCGGAUCUCGAAGGUGUGGAAGAAUCUCUGGCCCUCGAUAAGAGUGUUCUUCUUGCAGUCGAUGAAAAAACAUGCCGACAAGACAUAUGUAGUGUUUGAGGAAGAACGGUACACCUUCCAGGAGAUACUCGAUAAGGCAGUGAAGUGCGCUGCCAUCUUUAGAGAUGUUUACAAAGUCAAAAAGGGUGCGUCAACUAAGCAACUGUGGAGUCGCACCCAGAUUCAUUUCAUAUGCAGUUUUCUUACUCGUAUGCAUGAUAGGUGGCUACCACUUGGGCCGCUUCAACACUGCAUCACGCUCACAAAGUGCUCGUUGAUAAUCCUAGACCCCGAGCGAGCUGAUAGGAUCGAACCGAUUGCCGCCGAUCUUAAGCACAGCUCAGGCACGUCAGGAUACUUCGUUAUUCAAGACCAUGAGGGCAAAGGGGUUUGGGAGGGCAUGGACACCUGGAGUACAACGUUUUCCCAGUACGACAAAGACCCUAACGGAAUACUGCAAGACGAUCCCCAAAUGUCGCCUGACGAUGAUGCGAUGAUCAUCUUUACGUCGGGAACCACUGGCCUUCCGAAGGGUGCACUAAGCACGCAGCGCGCACUUCUGAGCACCCUUUUCAGUAGAGCUGCUAUGGUUGCAAGAGACCUCAUUCGACGAGGCACGCCUUACCCGCCUCCGCAGCCUGCUUCGGGUCCGCAGAAGAGUAUCUUGCUUCCAACACCUCUGUUCCAUGUCACCGGAAUGAGGAUGAGCUUUACCGGCACUUCUCAGGGAUCUAAGCUAGUUUUAAUGCGUAAAUGGAACGUAGAAGAAGGUAACGAAUGUUUGCUUAGAUUGUGCAGAGCAGAGGGUGUAACCUCUUUGGGCGGUGUACCCUCAACCAUAAGCGAUCUUACCGACAGCCCCUUAUCCGGGUUCCCUAUAGAAAGUAUCACAUUCGGAGAUCGAAAAAAAGCAUUUCCCCAUGCGGUAUUUGGACAGGCGUAUGGUCUCACUGAGACCAACGCUGCCUCGGUAGGAGUCGUUGGACCCAAUUAUACCGCAAAGCUGGAUAGCUGCGGGUUCAUUCUCCCUCCAAAUGACAUUCUGAUCAUGAAAAAUGAUGUCAAGGCAGCCCCGAGAGAGCUGGGAGAAAUAUGGCUCCGUGGUCCGAACGUGAUGAAAGAGUACUUUGGAGAUCAAGGUUUGUUCCAUGUCGGUUGUUCAAUUUCAUGGAGCACACUGGCUUAUUGCGUUGUCGCAGCUGCUACCGACAAGGUUCUUACAAAGGAUGGGUGGUUCAAGACUGGUGACCUAGGUUGCAUUGACGAAGAAGGUUACGUCUACAUAAAAGACAGGAUCAAGGACAUCAUUAUCCGUGGCGGAGAGAACGUCGACUCCACUUCCGUCGAGAAUGCAUUAUACACUGAGCCGGGCGUACUGGAAGCAGCAGCGGUAGGCGUACCCGACGAACGGCUGGGAGAAUUGGUGACCGCGCUGGUUACCAUCAAGCCUGGAUAUCAUGGAAGAGUCAACGAGAAGAAACUUUUGGCGAUCGCAGAAAAGCUGUUACCCAAGUUUGCUGUUCCGGUGAUGAUCGUUUUGCACGAUGGGGAGUUUGACCAUACGCCCUCUGGCAAGCCAGUCAAGCCGCACCUGCGACAGAUAGUGAAAAGGGAGUGGGAGCGGAGAACGAGGCAAGCAAGGGGUUUUGAUGGGGAAAAGUCCAAACUAUAGGAUAGGGUAAUACCCGUAAUAGGUCGACACUCUGGAUUCAGUGAUAGGUCGAAAUGACACUCUUUGCUACCUUCGAACCGUAGUAUCAUAGGGUCUAAGAGACGCAGUGCUGAUCAUGAUCGGCAGCAUGAAGCAACAAUUGGUCCGGUACGUAUACAUUCACGGCUUUUCUACCGAGCCCGGACUCCAAUUUAAAACAAUGGGCGUAUCCAAC